AUGAAUGAAGAGGAGGAGAAGAGACUCAGCAACACUUUGGCUGAACUUGCCAAAUGUGAGCAGGCAAUGGGAGAUGCAGAGAAAGAUGUGGAGAUUUAUAGAAUCAAGAAGACUCAGAACAUCUACGCUCAAAGACGCGAAAUCACAAAGGCCGUGCCAAAAUUCUGGUACAUCGUCUUAGCUGAAAAUGACAGUUUUGGCGAGUACAUCCGCGUGGAGGAUUUCAAGUAUCUUGAAUGCAUUACGGACAUCUAUGUUCACUACGAUGUGGCAGAGGACAGCGACGAGGCAAGAUAUAGAGACUUUUCCAUCUCUUUCACAUUCAGCGAUGAGAGCGGACUCGUGCCAUCUCAGGUUGUGACCAAGAAGUUCAAGGUCGAUGUUGUUGAUGGAGAAGAAGACCUUACCAGUGAACCCGUAGAUGUGCAAUGGCCCGAGGAAUUGCUGGACAUAUGUCCCUCUAAAGUAAAAGAGCAGAAGAAGGGUGAGACUUUCUCGGCUAGCGAAAAGAAGAGAUACAGACAGGGCAUGAAGACAUUGUUUGCAUGGUUUGACUGGACAGGAAAGAGGCCCGCCAAGGAGUUCAAGGGCGGCGAUGAGUUGACCCGAUUGAUCGUUGAAGAUUUGUUUCCAAAUUCGGUGAAAUACUACGUUGAAGCAAUUAACAAUGAUCAGGAGAGCGAGGUAUCGAGCUCAGAGGGAGAGGAGUUGGAUGUGAGCGAUGACGAGGAGCAGGAGGAUGAGCCUCAGAAGAAAAAGCAAAAAGUUUAA